UGUUACUUCCUGUUUAGUCCGGAGCGGAGCCUCGACUGUCCCCCGGGUCUCCGCCGGUGUCCUCUGCCUCUUUGUGUCCGUGUGUGGCCGCUCGGUCUCGGACUCACAGCUCACCUCCAGCCUCCGUCGAGCCUCCGGGAGGACGCGGGUUCGGUGUUCGGGACUGCGGGCAGGGAGCCGGGCUGAGCUCUCCCGGGGAGCCGGUGUCCGCCUGGUUCUUCCGCCGUGCGGUCCCGAUGGAUUUUACUUAAAUGUGUCCCCGUGAAGCCGCAACAGUGCGCCGUGCUAAUGCGCUGAUUAGCCGGCUCUGCUAACCAGUUGGUUCCGGUCUAAGCGGGUUUGGUCCCAGCUUUAGCUCACCAUGGCAGAGCUCCACCAGGCGCCCACCUCGCUGUGCUGCUGCCGUAAAUCCCUGCCGGACUCCGGGGGCCGGUGCUCCGGGGACUUGGCCCGGCCCUCUGCGGGCCCGGGUCCGGAAUCCCAACGCUGCCCCCUGGUGGACGUGGCGUCUGCAUCGAACUUCAGGAGCUUCCAGCUGCGUCACUUCCACCUGGACCUGCGGCUGAACUUUGCAGUGAAGGAGAUGAGCGGCUGGCUGGUUCUGGACCUGGUUCCCGUGCAGCCGGGGGUCUGUUCCCUGAUCCUGGACUCCCACCCUUCUUUAUUGAUCCACUCCAUAGACUGUAAGGUCCCGGGGGCCGGGCAGCAGGAGCCCGUGUCCCUCACGUACCGCGUGGACCCAUUCACCGACUACGGCUCGUCGCUCAGCAUCAGCCUGCCGACCGCGGCGGUGAAACCAGGCCGGGCGGUCCAGAUCACGGUCCGCUACACCACCACGGACGGGCCGGCGAUCUGGUGGCUGGACUCGGAGCUCACCUGCGGUCAGGUUCGUCCUCUGGUCUUCACUCAGGGUCACUCGGUGUGUAACCGCUCCUUCUUCCCCUGCUUCGACACGCCGGCCGUCAAGAGCACGUACACCGCCACGGUCCGGGUCCCGGAUGGCGUGACGGUCCUCAUGAGUGCGUCUCGGAGUUCGUACUCCAAACAAGACCGCGUCUUCCAGUUCUCCAUGGAGUUUCCUGUUCCCUCCUACCUGGUGGCGCUGGUGGCCGGCGAGCUGCAGCACGUAGACGUCGGGCCGAGGAGUCGCGUGUGGGCGGAGCCUUGCCUGUUGUCCUGCGCGGUGAAGAAGCUAGGGGGCAGCGUGGAGCGCUGGCUGGGCGUCGCCGAGGACCUGUUUGGACCUUACCUGUGGGGCAGGUGCGACAUCGUCUUCCUCCCUCCCUCCUUCCCCAUCGUCGCCAUGGAGAACCCCUGCCUCACCUUCAUCAUCGCCUCCAUCCUGGAGAGCAGCGAGUUCCUGCUGAUCGACGUCAUCCAUGAAAUCGCCCACGGCUGGUUCGGCAACGCUGUCACCAACGCCACCUGGGAGGAGAUGUGGCUGAGCGAAGGCCUGGCGACGUACGCCCAGCGGAGGAUCACCACGGAGGCCUACGGUGAGCCGUUCACCUGCCUGGAGACUGUUGUGCGAUUGGACGCCCUCCACAGACAGCUGCGUCUCCUCGGAGACAACAACCCCGUGAGCAGGCUGCAGGUCAAGUUUGAGUCAGGUGUGAACCCCAGCACGCUGAUGAACCUGUUCACCUACGAGAAAGGUUUCUGCUUCGUGUCGUAUCUGUCAGAGAUCAGCGGGGACGUGAGACGCUUCGACUGUUUCCUCAGGGAUUACAUCUCAGAGUUUAAGUUUAAGAGCGUGGUGGCUCAGGACCUCAUAGACUACUUCCUGUCUUACUUCCCGGAGCUGAAGGAUUCCGCCGUCGCUCAGAGAGAAGGUCUGGAGUUUGAGCGUUGGCUGAGCGGCUGCGGCCCGCCUCCCUACGAGCCGGACCUUUCAGCGGGCGGCACGCUUAUCGGGCCCGUCCAGGAUCUGUGCGACCUGUGGAGGAACGCCGACCCCCCUGACCUGGAGGCGCUCGCGACCUUUGACCUCUCGACCUGGAGCACCUUUCAGAUCGUCCUUUUUCUGGACCGCACGCUGGACCACUCGCCGCUUCCGCACAGUGUGAUGGCGAGCCUGUCGGACUCGUACUCGUCGCUGUUCGACGGGCUGAACGCCGAGGUGCAGAUUCGCUGGCUGCAGAUGGUGGUGAGGAACAGCUUCUACCCCGACCUGCCGCGAGUGCGAGCCUUCCUGCACAAACACACGUCCAGGAUGUAUACAGUGCCGCUGUAUGAGGACCUGGUUGCUGGGGUGAUGAAGUGUGUUGCCGUGGAGAUCUUCUACCAGACACAGCGGCGGCUGCACCCGAACCUCAGACGCACGCUGCAGCAAAUCCUGUUCCAGACCAGCUCGACCAAUCAGAAUGGCUCCGCUCUGCCUCCCUCCUCCGGCUCCACCCCCCCGCAGGCAACUGCCUCCCCUGGCGGUGGCGCCGGGACAACUGCCGCUAUUGCACUGCGUGAUGUCAACGUCUCGGCGUGAUGCCCGGACUACAGGAAGUAGAAACAAUCAACAGGAAGCCUCACUCCAGAUGUUUUAAAAGGUUUGAUGGGGGUCAAAGGUCACUGGUUGAAAGCUUGACCUGUGUCCGGCGCCCCCGAGGAGGGGCCUGGUUGGACCCUAGAGUGUUUUUAUGCGACUGACGACAGAGCAGAGGUCAGGUCGUUCUUCUUCUCAGCUUCUGGCAGAAAUGCGCCACCAGAGCGGCGUCACGUGAUCAGGCUGCGUUCGUGCUAACUCGCUCAGCAACACGGCUGUGUAGGCGGAGUUCGACCGGGCAGGGACGGAGACGCCAUGCUUGCUGAUGAUUCAGCGAGAAAAACAUUUCAGCUUUACGCUCAUCCUCUGGCCGUGCGCUCGCUGCUGGUUGGUUUCGCCGUGAGUGCCUUUGCCUUGUUGAAGUCUCUGCCCCCAUCACUGUGUGGGCGGAGCCUCUGUGACAGUGUUUAAAGUCUACCUCCACUUGUGUGGACUCACCUGAAGGACCUCAGAACACCAGCAGAUCACCUUAACGCUGCCUUCGUGCAGCUGGGAACACGCAGCCUUCUGUCUGUCUGGGCUCUGAAACGUCCCACCGACACUGAACGCCUCCUCGCUCUCUGAAUGUUGAAGAUAACGGUUGAAACCUCACGUUUACCUGACCUCUGACUAAACGAGCCCACGGGACCGGUCCGAUGGGUGAGCUCGCGUUGCCUGUUUGUUUUUACUGUUUUAUGGACGUUUGUUUUUAUGAACUGCUGACCCUUUAAUAAACAGAUAUCCAAUCAGAAUCCAUGAAGAAAAUUCAGAACUGAAUGAAUGCAUCUUUUAUUUAUAUUCAUGAAUUAGCGUGUCAAUAACUGAAACU